CAUCCCCUUCAUCUAGCACAGGUGAAGCUAUUUGCUAGCUUGCUGGUGGGUUUUACAUGUCGCUACACCGCUCACUGCAGCUGUUCUCAUUUCGGAGACUAAUUAUUCCAUUCAAAAUCACCAGCGGAUCCGCUCGUGUACGGCGUGCGACAUCUGUCCCUUAUCUUCUUCAGUCCUAUCAAAGUUGGAAGCAAUUUUAAAAUAAAAAAGAGAGACUUGCUCCGAAACGCCAUUAGCAACCGUCCGAUGAAUUGUCAUCAAUCAGCAACAAAAACGUCGUUACAUAUAGCAUCAAGGAGACGCAAGAGACGCCACAUUCGAGCAACAGUAAUGGGUGUGGAAUGCGCCAUGGUGCACUACAUCCUAGUUCAUGGGAUGUGCCAUGGUGCAUGGUGCUGGUACCAGCUCGCCACCUUGCUUCGGUCGGCCGGGCAUCGGGUCACGGUGCUUGAUCUCGCUGCCAGUGGGAUCAACCCCAAGCGUCUCGUUGAGCUCCGGCGAUUUGCCGACUACUCAGAGCCAUUGAUGGAGGCGAUGGCUUCGAUCCCAUCCGAUGAGAAGGUGGUCCUCGUUGGCCACAGCCUUGGUGGAUUCAACCUCGCUCUUGCCAUGGAAAAAUUCCCUGAGAAGAUCACGGUCGCGGUCUUUGCCUCUGCCUGGAUGCCGAGCAUCUCCACUCCCAUGUCUGUCUUCAUGCAUGAGGAUUUAACGCUGGCUACUUUGCUAGGAAGGCCGGGAAGACAAUUCCUUGAUGAAAUAACAAGCGAAGACAUGAUCACAGAGAAGAACUAUGGAUCUGUGAGCCGAGUGUUUAUUGUGAGCAAGGAAGAUAGAUCGUUGAUGGCGGACUUCCAGUAUUGGAUGACCGAGAGAAGCCCAGGGGUGGUGGUGAAGGAGAUUGAAGGUGCCGAUCAUAUGGUCAUGCUUUCAAAGCCCAAGGAACUAUGCAGUCUCCUCCCAGAGAUUGCGAAGAAUAUUGAAUUUUAUGUGCACAUGGCUUGAUAACAAGUAGAGAUGUAGUUUCUUGGCUUGCCAUUAUUCUAGAACUGCAGAAAUAAAUGAAUUCGUUGUGAUCUGCAUCCGAGCAAAACUCAUCAGCUAUCAAUGGGUUGCAGUUGGGGUGCAUAUAUGGCUA